UGCUAUCAUCCAUCAUAUGAACCAAAAGAGAGCAGCGCCUCAGUGCCUGAUCAUGGCCAGAGCCCUGCAUAUCGCAGAAUAAGUGCCCAGUUAGUGAAGAUGGCGAAAUUCUAUCUGUUUGAUCCAGGAAUCGAGCUCAACAUGACCAGAGCCAUUCCAGAAGUGCAGGGAGAUUCCCAGCGCUUCAUUCCAUGUGAAUACAAGAUCAUGCCAGCCAGAGUUCUGCACAACUUGAACCUGAGUUCAGAUUGCACACUGAUGGGAAAACACGAUCACACGCAUCCCAGUCCAGUCCAGAGAAGUGUAGUGGUAGUCCAAGUAGUUGACCCAGCUGUUGCAGCCGUCAAUUUUGAAUACCCAAGAAAUCCAGCUAGCACAAAGCUUGGAUUGAGUCCAGAUUGUGCAGCACAGACGUGCCAUGAGUUCAGAGCCAAGCCAGACGAAAGCCUUAGAGCCUCAGACUCUUUUAGUUCGCACAUAAACACCAGACUGGUUAAGAAUGAAGUGAUAGUUUCAAGUGCAGAGACCAAGCACGAAGAGAAUGAUGGUGCUGAGCACACCACAGCCAUACUGCAAGUUGUACAUGAGGAUGCGACUAAAGACAACACUGUGUACCUUAGUGAAGUCUCACAGAUCGCUGACCCAGUGGAGUAUUUCACUUGGGAUUCUGGAUAUGAAUCCGAUGACACUGCAGUUGACAGUGAAAUGCCUGAAUACACCGGACUCACUAUCUCACACGAAGCCAUUCCUGCCAUUGUGCCACAUGAAAAACGAGUCAAUUAUUUGAUUUAUCACUAUGCUGCCAUACAUCAAGGUUACAUGAUGACGAAAAAUCCCACUGUUGAACUUUGUGCUGAUUCCAUGGAAGCGCUUGAGUGCGCUGGUACUCCAUGCCCACCCGAUUUCUUUGAUGAUGGAUACGAAUGUCCACCUGAGAAAGACCCAGACAAGGUCUUAAGCAUGAACCAGAAUGCGGGCAAUGAGCUGGCCCGAGCUGAGGAAAUUUCAUGUGAGUCUGAGUUGACUCAAGUGGCCAAUUGCAUGUUAGUCACCGAGUUCCAGGUUGACAUUUGCAAACCAGAGACAUCAGAGCACUCUCUCAUCAUUCAAGAACACAUUGUAGUCAUCGGAGAGUCCACACCAGACAUGACAAGCAAGUUUGUCAGAACAGUAGCGCAAGAGUGCACUGAGCUUAAAUCAAAAGAGCUAAGGCCUCCCAGCCUCAGUGACGAGCUCUAUUGGUCUCAUAUGACACCGAUCUCAGUACCAGAAGAGAUCCCAGACGGUUUUGGCCAAGUUCCAGCAAUGGGA